AUGAACGCAUUGCGACGAACACCAUAUACGAUUUUACGAAAUCGCAUUAUACAUUCAGAAAUAAGAAUUAAGUACUUUCAUAGUGCAGUGAUAAACUCCCAACUUCAAAACCAAGUUAAGCCAAUAGUUUUUUAUACUUUUGCGAAUAUUCCUCAUAUUUCUAUUCGCCAUAAAUCUAAAAAGCAGAGUGACUUAGACUCCGAUGAUGAGCAAGAUGAUGAGGAUGAUUAUUCUCUGACAAAGGACUCCAAAGUCAUAAAAUUCAACACAACAUCGUUAAGGACAGAUGGUGUGCUAAAAUCCGCUCUUGGCGUCUCCAGGAACAAAAUAGAACAGGUGUUUUAUGAAAGCAAAAUCAGAAUCAAUGGAAAAAAGAUAUUGAAAAAAAGCCAUGCAGUAAAAGUGGGAAGUGAAAUAGAUGUAAUUAAAAGCAUUAGCCCUCAUAAUCCAGAUCACCUAUAUGUGUCUCGUGUGGAAGUAUUGAAUUUAGCUGCUAAGGAGGAAACUAUAGUUGUUACAGUAAGAAGAUUCAAAAAUUUACUGAUAGAAAAUUAUGAAACUGAUCCUUACAAACCGUCAAGUGCAGAUAAAGAA